AUGGGGAAAGAGGCCUAUAUAUACGCACAAGAACAGGAAGACAUGAAGAUGCGAAAGAAAGAGAUGGCAAGAAUAGCAGGACUAUUUCUCCUGCAAGGCAGAAUUCUCCGAGUGCAGGCUACGAAUAUAGGAAAUGUAGGCGUUUUUGAGAAUACGUUCAACAUAUGCAACCACAUUACCAAUAUGAGCCCCCCAACGAAAGAGUUGGACAUAAACGUACUCCCGAAUGUCAAAGAGGCUACUGCAAACCUUCCCAAGAAAGAGCGCCACCAAGAAAAGAGGGACAUAGAAUCCCGAUACGAUUUUUUGUUCAAGGACGACCCCAAAGAACGCUCUAUGAAAGGGAGCUGGAAAACCACUAAAAAACCAACUGAAGAGAAAACCACUAAAAAACCAGCUGAAGAGAAAACUACCAAGAGCCCUAUAGAGAAAACCACUAAGAGCCCAACUGAAGAGAAAACCACUAAAAAACCAGUUGAAGAGAAAACUACUAUGAGCCCAGCUGAAGAAAAAACUACCAAGAGCCCAACUGAGGAGAAAACUACUAAAAAACCAACUGAAGAGAAAACAGAGGGGGAAAAAGCAAAGGACCAGACGGACACAAAGUUUAGCCCCAUAAAAGCCUCCCUCUUAAGUGCUGGGCUCCUAGAUGCGUAUGCAGAAUACAUAGAGAAAGAGCUGGCUUUCUACAUGAAAGUCCCAGACUUCCUGAAUAAAGUCUUUUAUAAGCUCCCGGAUAGCACCAAAAUAGCGAUCAAUGCCAUGUCGAACACUGGGUACACACACGUCCCGGGCAGGCUCGAGGAAGAUAUGUUCAGACAAAAUACUACGACCCUUAUUGGGGCUCGAACCCAGAAGCACAGAAAACUCCAGGAUGCAAUAGAGUACAUUUGGCAGGCCGCCAGCGAGAAAGUGAAGAGUGUAGCUUCCAACAAGAGCAAAUACAUCGUGGAUGAUGCUGGAUUUAAGCCUGUGGAGUUUGUGGACUUCUCUUCCUCCAGGAGUGUCAUCCAGGAAGAAACAGAAAAAAAGCUCAAAGCACUCGACAAAGUCUCUGUUGCCUUCAAGAGCGAGCUUGCGAAGAGCUCAAAUUUGAGGGCUCGGGCUGAGAAGGCCCUGGCGAGUCCGGAUCUGCCGAUGGAGUUUGACCUAUCGGCGGAAGAAUUCACUUUCCUCUCAAACCUCCGAAUCCUGCGAUUUGGGGUGGCCCACAGCCUCAUCCACCAGCUUAUAUCUCCGUCGUACUUUGCAAGAAAUAACUUCCCCUGGGAGGUCUUGAACCCGGGCGAUGUGGACUCCGAGAAAAAGUUCGACUACCCGGCAUGGAGGAAUGCGAUUGAAACUUCUGCCUUUUUGAACGUCCAGGCCCUAAACACGAUCUCGCAGCAGGACGAAGUUUGGGCGCUUUUGGACAAUCUCUCCUACCUCAUGCUCGAAGGCCUGACAAAGUUCGGCCGGAACGUGGUAGGAGCGAUGAUAAAGCAGAGCAAACUCCGCACGAUGAUGGAAUUCCAUACGGCUGUCAAGAUUAUUUCCGGGCAUAACCCUGAGUGGUUAAAAGAGGAGACUUUGAAAGAGUCUGUCCAGGGAACGACGAAUGCCCUCAGCAGUCUAGUCUCUUUUUUCAUGUACGUGAAUAAGCCUGCGAGAGAGCUUGAAGACGAGUUCUUCUCUUUACUGAAGGAGAUACCAAUGUAUGAAUCCGAGGACGGGAAUAGCUCAUUAUACCGCUUCCGGUGCAAUGAGAGAGUUGCUGUGGAGGCUAUUCUGAGGAUGCUGAAGUAUGCGGAAGUAUUCAAAAACUAUGUGGAUAACGUGAGAAAUAAGCACAGAAAAGAGGAGAAGACCAAGAGAACGUACGAAAAGAAACCUUUCGAUUGUAUGAAAAACCUCACGAAUGAGUAUCUUGAGACUGCCAUAGACGGGAUUGAGGAUGAAUGCGCCCUGAUAAAUGCGCCCAAAAGGAAGUAUACGAGUGCCGAGUAUCGGAUUGCUUAUAGGGAGGUAGAAAAAAAAAGCAAGGAUUUGGCCGACAUCCGAAUCAAAAGAUUUGAUGAAAAUCUAUUAGUUGAUAGGCCCCGGCGAGGUUACUUUGGCCCGAAUCCAGAAAUGACUUAUAUGAAUGUGCCUGGCUUCGUUGAUAGACCGUGCUAUAGCUCCGAAUGCAAUGGCUGGAUAUAUCCGGUUGCAGGAACAAUGUUUUGUUCUUCUCCGAGAUACUAUACCAUCGAACAAUGGCGGGAACUGGAAAAAUGGCAACACCGGGAACGGGAACGGCAAAAACAGGAACAGGAACGGGAACGGCAAAAACAGGAACGAGAACGGCAACAACGGGAACAAUGGGAACGGGAACAAUGGGAACGGCAAAAGCGGGAACAGGAACGGGAACGGCAAAAACAGGAACAGGAACAACGGGAACGGGAACGGGAACAACAGGCGGCUAAAUCCGGUGUUACGAAUACAAUGGAUAAGUCAGCGAAAUCAUCGAAUAAUACCAGCGAGUACAAUUACCAGAAAGUUCUUGGCGAUGGAAAUAGCAAGAAAUCUGAAGGAGCCAGCCAGACUAAGACCACAGAAGGAAAUAGCAAAACCAAUAGCAACAGCAAGAAUUCAGAAGGAAGUAGUAACAAUGGGUUAGUCAAUGGAAACAACGACAGUAAGAAAUCUGAAGGAAAUACUGUAAUUACAAAUACAAUGCACAAGUCAGAGAAAUCAUCGAAUAGUACCAGUGAGUACAAUUACAAGAAAUCUGAAGGAACCAGCAAGACAUCUGAAGGAAAUACUGUAAUUACAAAUACAAUACACAAGUCAGAGAAAUCAUCGAAUACUAUCAGCGAACACAGUUACCACAAAUCUGAAGGAAGCAUGUCCAUUAUAAAUAUAAUGCACAAGUCAGAGAAAUCAUCGAAUACUAUCAGCGAAUACAGUUACCAGAAUUUUCUUGGCGAUGGAAAUAGUAAGAAAUCUGAAGGGGCCAGCCAGACUAAGAACUCAGUAGAAAAUGGAAAGAAAUCUGAAGCAAGUAGUAAGACUAAGAACUCAGAAGGAAAUAGCAACAGCAAGAAAUCUGAAGGAAAUACUGCAAUUACAAACAAAAUGGAUAAGUCAGCGAAAUCAUCGAAUAGUACCAGUGAGUACAGUUACCAGAAAGUUCUUGGCGAUGGAAAUAGCAAGAAAUCUGAAGGAAACAGUAAGACUAAGAACUCAGAAGGAAAUGGAAAGAAAUCUGAAGGAAAUGCUGCAAUUACAAAUACAAUGGAUAAGUCAGAGAAAUCAUCGAAUAGUACCAGCGAAUACAGUUACCAGAAAGCCAAAAAAAAGGGAGGAGUUGUCUAUAGCGCUG